UCGUGCCAAAGCAGUUCGAGCUGAACGCCGGACCGGAGAAAGGCGAAACGCCGCACUGCGCGGAUAAUCAAACAUGCUAUUCUAUUCGUUCUUCAAGUCGUUGGUCGGAAAGGAUGUCGUGGUGGAGCUGAAAAACGAUCUGAGUAUAUGUGGAACACUACAUUCGGUGGACCAGUAUCUAAACAUCAAACUCACGGACAUCAACGUGACAGACACAGAAAAGUAUCCGCACAUGCUGUCCGUCAAGAACUGCUUCAUUCGUGGUUCGGUGGUCCGUUACGUCCAACUGCCUGCCGACGAAGUGGACACGCAGCUCCUUCAGGAUGCUGCGAGGAAAGAGGCCUCCUCGCAGAGCAAGCCCUAAACAGCAUCCACACACUGAAGGACAAGGGACUUUGUGACGCAGCAUUCAUUGCAUGUGACGCAGCAUUCACCCUCUUCUCAUCCUUCAUGGUUCAGAAUGAUUGAAUACUUGUUUUAUCAUCUUUUCACUUUCCCUGUCUGCUCAAAUCAGCAUGUACAUAUGGUGGCAAUUUAAUCCUAAGCAGAACACCUCAA